UCAGUUUUUUUCAUUCAAAAUGAAAAGCUGGUUUGUGAUUGGUUUUAAAUUUAAAUUAAUUGAAGGAAUUAUCGGAAUAAAUUAAAUGAAACCAAGAAAAUAAUUUAUUAACUUUAUUUUUGAAUCUUCAUGCAGACGAUGGUUUGUGGCCAAUUUCAAUACAGGUCCGAUCUACACAGUUAGAUCUAAUUGGAACAUGUCCCAUGCCGUCCUGGCGAUGUUUUCGCUGUUGUUGUCCAUCGAUUUGCGGAAAACGGAAAAGUUUGUUAAAACUCUUAACAAGUUUGGCGGUUUCAAUUUACUUAUCUCCAAUGCAAAUUUUGUUUGUAAACAGGAAUUUUUUGGAGCUUUCUUGAUUGAAUUUUAGAUGGGCCUUGCAGGGCCAGUGACCCCAAUGACUCUUAGGUUGUAGCACAGGGUUGCCCACAUUUUUUUUUAAAUCAGAGACUGGUGAAAUUAAAAUCAUCAGGGAUCGAUCGUCAAAGCAACGGAAAUUUAACUUUUUUUGGCCGUCGAUCCUUAUUUUCACUUCAGCAAUGGUAUCGAAUGUAGUUCCUUCCAAAAAUCAGGCAAAAUCAGGUUCAGAUAACCUUCGGCAGGCUCUCUCUAAUUGCCCCAACAAAGAGGAAAAGAUUUUAAAUUUUAUUCGACAAACCAAACUUGCAAAACUGAUAUAAAGAAACAAAUGACGACUACAACGAAUGCCACUUGACACUGAAGAAUAGGGGAUGAAUAACGCGAAAGCGUUAAAAUCCUAGAAAAAAUAACUAAAAAAAAAGGCAAAAUCAGACUUAUUUUCAAAAAUCAAGGAAAUCCAAUGGCUUAUCAGGUUGUCAGGCUGAGCCUCGAAAAAUCAGGCACAUUGUCAUCUCUGUUAUAGCAUAUGUGAUGAAAAGACAGAGAAAUCCUUAGGUUAUUAACGAAAAAUGUUGAUCUUCUGACCGGUUUUUAAUAGACUUCCGUCUAGUUGAAGACUUCAAACCUGCCUUGAUCGAAUGUUUAUGAAGAAGGCCGUCUCGCCUAGGAGGUGUUACCGUAGGUAAAAUUCCCAAUUCAGCCAUUUUGGUUUUGCAACUGCGGAACUCAUGGAGUUUGUUUAUCAACAAACCACAGAACAGCUGAACAAAUAUUCUUAUGUUUGUAAACAAAACUCAUUGAGCGCCCCGCUCAUUCUUCGGCUACUUACUGUGAAAGUCGGAGUACCUUGUGUUUCUAAAAACCUCGGUCUCGCCUAGCUGACCUCGACAGGUUUUUUGAAUGCUUACUUGUCUAGAGUGCAGUUAAAUAUAUAAUUUGACUUUAAUAUUUUGGAUAAUUUGGUAAAAACACUCUCAAAUUAUUGACAGCAAUGCUCUCAAAUGCCCCUUCCCCUCUCAUCGUUCCAUAUCUUAACCGGGGGAACGGGCUAUAUGGAUUUCUUGAUAGGUGCGAUGUUGAGGAAGGAAACACAACUAUGUAUUGUAUUGACCUAUGUCCGCAAAAUUGAUUUUCACUAUGCGAGAAUUUUUGUCAGCCUCUUGCAACAGAACGCAUCAAUCAAAACUGAGUGCCAACUCUGUCAAAUGCGUUUAAAAAUACCCUCCAGAAAUCGCUCAUCAACCGGUGAUGGUAGUGUGGUGACCCGCUGAGGGCGUCAAAUUUAAUUCAAUUAGAACGCGCAUUGGCCCCCGGUUAGUAGAGAACAGAGACUAUUGGUAGUAAGGUAACAUAGGUUACGAGAUGAAAAAAAAACGCAACGGCUGGGCGCUGCAAUUGCUUGUCGAUUCGAUUCCCGGCCAUCAAACUCACCUCUUCACUCCUGGCCGCGCCUUUAGGGGUGGACAAUUAUGAUCGAACAGAUUCCGUACUGUGCUCAACCUCCGGCCAUCAGUAGUCACGUUGCAAUCGUUGUGCUAACUGGAAGAGAUGUUCGUUUAAGAAUAGUUUUUGAAUGAAGUAGUAAAUUUGUUAGAAAAAAGUUAAAUUUAACCGAAGGAAGAAAAAAUCAUUCGAAAAAUGAAUCUAGCUAGGAAUAAAAUGUUGUCGAAUCUGUGUCAAGGAACUUUCCUCGCCUUCGUGCUAGUCCUUCUGAAUCUGCAAACUAUCUUAGUUGGUGUUCCUAAGCUUAAAACCGGUUUAGUGCGCGGGGAACUUUUCGAAAACACACCAGAAACUCCACCGGAAGAGGAGUACGUUGACGAUGAAAAUCGUCUGUGUACCAAUGUGGACAUCCGGAACAAUCUGGACCGGAUGCAUCUGAUCGAAAAUUGUACCGUCAUCACUGGGUUUCUGCAGAUUGUCCUCAUAGAAAAGGUUCCACCGUCCGAGUUUCAGAAACACAAAUACGAGAAGCUAAGGGAAAUCACCGGGUACGUGCUGCUCUUUCGUGUCUUCAAUCUGACGUCGUUGCGUGGAAUGUUUCCAAAUUUGGCCGUCAUCCGUGGCCAGGAGUUGAUCCGAAACUAUGCCCUAAUUUUCUACGACAUGCCAAAUCUACAGGAGAUAGGUUUGAAAAAUUUGAUUGCCAUCCAGCAUGGGUUCAUCUACACCCAGCAUGUUCCGGUGCUGUGUCACACCGAUACGAUAGAUUGGGCCAGCAUAGUGUACGGUAUCAACAAGACGCAGGAUUUGAAUCGCUUCGAAAAACCAGCCAUAGUUUGCAACAAAUCUGAGGUGUGUCGCGGAUGCGAUGGACCUUACUGCUGGACCAGCAAAAGCUGUCAACGAUUCUACUACGGUUCAAGUGGGAAAAUCACCUGCCAUGACCAGUGUUUGGGUGGAUGUACGAAUCGAACGAACGCCGGAUGCCUAGUAUGUCGUGGUCCGAAGGAUAAGAACCUAUGCGUCGAGAAGUGUCCCGAUGGAAAGAUGCUCUUCCACAACACGAUGCGCUGUAUCAGCAGAGCAAGGUGUAUCGAUCGGGGCGGGUUGAUCUUCCAGGGGGAAUGCGUGGAGGAAUGUCCCGCCGGGUUCAGUGCCACACCGGCCGAUGAGCUGGAAGCCAAUCUUACCAGUCAUACCUGUUACCCAUGCCCUGGUCGAUGCCCUAAGGUUUGUGGCAGUACUCAGGUUAUGUUUUUGGCUGACGCUGAACGCCUUGAAGGUUGUACCAUUAUCAACGGAACGCUUCAAAUCAGAAUGAUGCAGGACCACCCGAAUCUGAUCGAGGAGCUGCGGGCUAGUUUGGGUGCGAUCGAGGAAAUUAUGGGUUACCUGAAGGUUUAUCGAUCGACAACGUUGGCUUCUUUAGACUUUUUGGAGAAUCUCGAAGUCAUUCAUGGUGAUUACGAACUUGGCCAUGGAAGCUACGCGAUUAUGGUUUACGAGAAUAGGAACCUGCAGCGUUUGUGGGAUUUUUCAACGAAACGCUUGAUUCGAUUGUUGAAAGGCAGUAUGUACUUUAUCAACAAUGCGUUGCUCUGCAAUUCACAAAUAACUUGGCUAAAGAAGAUAGCAGAAUACAACGAUACUGAUGAUUUUAUAAACACCGGCUCGAACGGUUAUUUACGGGCAUGUAACUCGGUUAGCCUUAACGCAAAAGUUGAUGUUUUGACUAGCAGGAAUGUAACACUUAAGUGGACACGGUAUAAACCUGCUGCAGAUCAACAUUUGGUUGGAUAUGUGAUUUACUAUACAAAAUCGAACAAAGAGCGAAGCCCGUUAGACGACUUGGAGGUUUGUUCCGAGUAUGGUUGGCAAUCUAAGAUGAUCCUCAGCAAUGAAACCAAAACUGAGAAGCAUUUUCUGGCAUACAAUCUAACAGGUCUGCAGCCGGCAACUCGGUAUGCUUUUUAUGUCAAAACUGAAACAGUUUCUCUGAAGGAUCAUUUGAUGGACAAUAAGGUGGGACAAUCUUCUGUGCUUUAUUUUAAAACCAAAAUAUCAAAACCAAAUCCCCCUCUAUGGUUGCGCACGAUUAGCAAAACGGACAAUUCGAUCACAUUUUCAUGGCGCAUUCUGAAGGCUGAAGUAGAAAUAGUCAAUCGAUACCACGUGGAUGUUUUCGUUCAACCAGAUAAUCAAGCUAUGCUGGAAAGACGUAAUUAUUGUCUCUAUCCGCCAGCCAUGGAAGAAGAAACAAGUACGGAUGGUAAAUGCAGUAUAGAAAACUGUUGCUCAGAAGACGAUCUACAGAUGGACGUGCCGGACAUUGCCGAGUCCGAUGAUGAUGAAGUUUAUUUUCGCAGAAAGCGUGAGGUCUCUAGUUCAUCUUAUUCUACGACAGUCGAUAUUCCUUCUGAUGGGUUCCAAGAAAAGAUGUACUCCUUCUUACGAGAGCCAUCGUCUGACGACUCUGGCAUUGAUCGUAGUCGUAGGAAGCGAGAAACUGAAGAACUUGUUAAUCGAAUAGCGUUUUAUGAUUUUUUCGCGGAUAGAAAGGAUUUUACGGUGAAUAAUUUACUCCCAUACACGUAUUAUACUUUUCAACUGUUCGCUUGUAGCGCGCCGGAGCCAAAAUUCUGCAGUCCUUAUAGUAUUUUUUCGGAUCGAACGGAACCUUCAUUGACGGCCUGUGCUAUAUCAAAUGUUACAACUGAAAAAAAUAAGGACGCUCUGAAGGUCCGGUUUCAUGAACCUGAAAUAGCCAAUGGAUUGGUUGUGGCGUUUAACAUCCAGUUGAGAUCUUUCACUGAUCCGUCCGAGUCGCAUAUCAGUUAUUGUAUUACGAGACAGGAACACGAUCACGCUGGCCAUCAAUACACGUUUAGAAAUCUCUCCCAAGGAGAUUACGGGAUCCGGGUUCAAGGGGUAUGUCUAGGAGGUCCAGGUCAGUUCAGUGAUUGGUUCUUCGCCCGAAUGGUCGAUGAAGUUGAGACAUACCCUAUAGUUCCAGUUGAUAAUUCGCUCAGGAAUGGUUUCAUAAUAUUCGGGGUGCUGUUUUGUUUCGCUGUAUCUGGAAUCUUCGGGUACGUGAUGUUCCACAAAUUUAAACUUCAUCACGAUGACAAAGACAUUUUGGUGGAGAACGAUGCAAACGAAUUGACCGGGGAAGAUGGUUUUGUCGAUUGUGAUCUUAGAUAGAUAUUUAUAAGCUAACACAAUCCAAGGGUACGUUCCUGAUAUAUCUCGGUGUCCUUAAUCAGAAAGAAGAAAACUCAGACUAGUUAAAAAAAAGAAUCGAAAGUGUUAUUUUAACUAAAAGGUAGUAGUUAAUCAUCCAAUCCGUCCAAUGA